UGUAUCGGCCCAGCUCUGGCUGUUGCACCCAAUUGGGGAGUGAACCAGCAGUGGAAGAUACCUCUCUCUGUCUCUCUGUCUCUCUUGCCUCUGCCUCUAACUCUGCCUUUCAAAUAAAUUAAUCUUUAAAAAAAAAAAACAGAAGUAAAUCAACUUACUCUCUUAAUUAUUACUGCAGCAAUUUGAAGAGUUUGGGGACUAUAGAGUGAACAUCUUGUAUUUCUCUGAACAGCUUGUUAAAUGUUCUUUUUAAGUUCAGUAAAAUAUGCACAGGAACUUGUUUUUUAGUAAAAAGAUUCUGCCACUUUAUGUAUACAGAUUAAACUGUGAGGUUGAAACUGGAUCUUUCUUCAGCUUUGUAAGGUGAUAUAUAAGACUUGUAGUGAUUUUAGUAUUUCUCUCUUUUAUCUAAAGUCAGCCUCCUUAUGUUAAAACUACUAAAGAGAUCCACUGAUGUUGUGCCAUGAAGAAAGCUGGUUGUAAAAUGUGUGGUGUGAUAGCAUUUAGGUUAAAAAACCUAACGAAGGCAAAACUAUACCUGUGCCAGGCACAGAGGUCCCCAGGAAGCUGUGUGUGUUAGGUUUCCACCCUGCAGUGAAGGUAGCUUGACGGAGGGUUCCAGAGGGUUGAGUCCAGGAUCGAGUAGCCUCUGCUGAGGGUGGCGCAUGGCAGCAGGAGAGUGGGUGGGGAGGAGAGCAGGGAAGCUGGCUGUGCUGGACCCUGCUCGGCUUUUGUAACAAACCCUCCUGCAGAACUACCUGAGGGUAUGCGGUGACCUAAGGACCACCCCGCCCCCCCAGGCCUACUCCCCAAAUACCAUGAUUGGGUUGAGUUUUUACCCUUACGGCCAUUAAUUUAUUGUGACUUUGGGGUUUAAACACGAGUUCGGGAACCAGAUGUUUCUCAAACCAUAGCAUCCUGUAUGUAUGCAUCUACGUAGAUCUGAAGGUCUGUGACUCCUAGAAGAUGGCGAAGCCCAGCCACAGCAGCUACGUCCUGCAGCAGCUGAACAACCAGAGGGAGUGGGGCUUUCUCUGCGACUGCUGCAUCGCCAUCGACGACAUCUACUUCCAGGCGCACAAGGCCGUGCUGGCCGCCUGCAGCUCCUACUUCAGGAUGUUCUUCAUGAACCAUCAGCACAGCACCGCACAGCUGAACCUCAGCAACAUGAAGAUCAGCGCCGAGUGCUUCGACCUCAUCUUGCAGUUCAUGUAUCUGGGGAAGAUUAUGACCGCGCCCUCCAGUUUUGAGCAGUUCAAGGUGGCCAUGAACUACCUGCAGCUGUACAACGUGCCCGACUGCCUGGAGGACAUACAGGACGCGGACUGUUCCAGUUCCAAGUGCUCGUCUUCCGCCUCCAGCAAGCAGAGCAGCAAGAUGAUAUUCGGGGUCAGAAUGUACGAGGACACCGUGGCGCGGGGCGGCAGCGAGGCCAGCAGGUGGUGUGCGGAGCCCAGCUCCACGGUGAACACGCCGCACGGCAGGGAGCCGGACGAGGAGCCCUUGCCGCUGGGCAGCUUCCCCGAGCCCCUGUUCGACGUGUGCAAGAAGAGCUCCGUGUCCAAACUGUCCACGCCGAAGGAGCGCGUGUCGCGGCGCUUCGGCCGGAGCUUCACCUGCGACAGCUGCGGCUUCGGGUUCAGCUGCGAGAAGCUGCUGGACGAGCACGUGCUCACCUGCACCAACAGACACUCGUACCAGCACCCCAGGGCCUACCACAGGGUCGUGGACGUCCGCGACGCCAAGGACGCCGGCGUGAAGGCCGAGUUCGGCGAGACGGAGCCCUCCAAGAGCUGCUCGGCGCAGCCGGACAAGUGCCGGGCGGACGCGGGCCCGGCCGCCGGGGACGCGGCGCCCGCGGGCAGGAAGGCCGGCGCGGAGCCCGAGGCCGGGGCCGAGGAGCGCGGCCGCGUGGUGGUCAAGGUGGAGCCGGAGGACGCGCCGGCCGCCGAGCUCAAGGACUUCCGCAUCGUCAAGGUGGCCGAGAAGGACUGCAACGAGUCCACGGACAACGACGAGCUGGAGGACGAGCCCGAGGAGCCCUUCUACAGGUACUACGUGGAGGAGGACGCCGGCGGCAAGCGCAGCGGCCGGAAGCCCCUGCGGCCCCGCAUGGCGCGCGGCGCCGACGGCCGGGCCGGCCUGGACGCCCUGCGGCCGGCGCCCGAGGACCCCGAGAGCGCCGCCUGCGAGCUGUGCGGGCUGGCCAUCACCGAGGAGGACCUGUCCUCGCACUACCUCGCCAAGCACAUCGAGAACAUCUGCGCGUGCGGCAAGUGCGGGCAGAUCCUGGUCAAGGGGCGGCAGCUGCAGGAGCACGCGCAGCGCUGCGGCGAGCCCCAGGACCUGACGAUGAACGGGCUCGGGAACCCCGAGGAGAAGAUGGACCUGGAGGACCAGGCCGACGAGCAGUCCGAGAUCAGAGACAUGUUCGCCGACAUGCUGGACGACUUCCGGGACGCGCACUGCGCGGUGAGCGGCCUGCAGAAGAAGCAGCUGUUCAAGCACUCGGCCUGCCCCUUCCGCUGCCCCAACUGCGGCCAGCGCUUCGAGACGGAGCACCUGGUGGUGGAGCACAUGUCCGGCUGCCUGGACCAGGAGAUGUUCAAGAGCGCCAUCCUGGAGGAGAGCGAGAGGGACCACAGGCGCAAGCAUUUCUGUAACCUGUGCGGGAAGGGCUUCUACCAGCGGUGCCACCUGCGAGAACACUACACGGUCCACACCAAGGAGAAACAGUUUGUGUGUCAGACUUGCGGGAAGCAGUUUUUAAGGGAGCGCCAGUUGCGACUGCACAAUGAUAUGCACAAGGGCAUGGCCAGGUAUGUCUGUUCCAUUUGUGAUCAAGGCAACUUCAGAAAACAUGACCAUGUGCGCCACAUGAUUUCCCAUUUGUCCGCGGGUGAGACGAUAUGCCAGGUGUGCUUCCAGAUAUUCCCGAGUAAUGAGCAGCUGGAGCAGCACAUGGAUGUGCAUCUGUACACAUGUGGAAUAUGUGGCGCCAAGUUUAACUUGAGGAAAGAUAUGAGAUCCCAUUACAAUGCCAAGCAUUUGAAAAGAACCUAAGUGGUUUUCUGCUGUACUCAUGUCUUAGCGGAGAGCAGGCAGAACACACCAAAGCAAAGGGUAUGAGCUAUUUAGAAAUCAAUUUAAGAUGAAUUGUUGGGAAAAAUUUUCAAGGCCCUUUUACCUUUAAAAUUUUUGUUUAGGACCUUAAGUAUCUACAUGUUAGGUGUUAAAUGUUUAUCAUUUUCAUUGUUUCUUACUAGAUUCUUUGUUUUUUAGUUUUUCUUAGCUAUGAUUACAGUUACUUUUAAAUGUAGAUUACUGGUUGGUACCCCUUUGGUGACUAUUAAACUUUAGUUGUUUUUUUUUUUUUUUUUUUAAAUCCAUAAGGUCAUUACUUCACUAUUUUUAUUUUAUUUUUUAAGGUUAUCCUGUGAAAUUUUAAACCCAACACCAUUGGCCCUCCCUAUUUUAAAUUUUUUUUAAAAAAUAAUUUAAAGAAAUUAGUUUUUUGAAACUAUCCUAAUUGCCUUUAGUUUUCUUUUGUUGUUUUGGUUUUGGUCAAACAAUGAGUUGGCUACUUUUUAUUUUCCCUCAUUAUCCGUGAAAUUCAUAUUCUUAAAUUGACAAGCUCAUUGGGCAAGUUAGAUGCACUGAAUCUAACCUUUAAGGUUGACAUGGGCUCAAACUUGGCCUAAAAAGAUGAAUGGACCUGAGGAAGUUCCUAUAAAUGAAUAUUUCCUAUAAUUGAUAAAAUAUUAUCAUUUAAUAAUCAGAUUUAAAACUUAUAUUAAGUGUAAAUCCCAAUGACUUUCCCCCUCUUGAGAGAUUAGUGGGGAUAAGCCAUUUUGUUUUGUGAUGUUAAAUUUAACUGAUAGUUAAUUAAAAAGACAUAUCUUGUAUUCACUAAAAAUAUUUUAAUUUAAAAUAUUCUGAUUUCUAAAGUGUGUUAGUUUAUCAAUUAUUUUUGUUUAUAAAUAGACUUUAAUAGCUCUCUAGGAAUACGACAUCUAAAGAAAAAUGAUUUUUCACCUUUAAAAUUACAUACUUUUGGAACUUUGAGAUUUGAGAAAGCCACCAUGUAUAUUAAUAAAUCUAAUAAAAUAAAGAAAUUAUAAAUCUGGUUGUUCUAUAAAAGUAGAGUGCACAAAAAUGUCUUGUGUUUUAUACUAUCCAACAUUUGGGGAAAAUGUGUUACAGCAAAUUGCAGUUUAUCACCAUGUUUUGUUUUUUUUUUUUUUUUUUUUCCUGGAAAGGAUUACAAAAUUUGAGGACCAUAAUAUAAUCACAGAGCAUAUAAAUGGAAACAGGUUAUUAUUUUUCAGCUAAAGUACUAUUGUUGUUGCCGACAUAGGGCCUAUAUCAGGUACAUGUGGAUUAAAACACUGGCAUAGCUGACCCACCAAUAAACACGUCUGUUGACUAGAAUGCCUUCUGAUGGGAAUGACUUGCAAUGUAACGAUACCCUUCUCGUAAUGAAAGGGAUUUUAAUUAACUUGUGUAUUUUAAAAUAUAAGUCUGUGAUUAUUAACAGUAAUCUAAUAGCAUUGUCCUUUUUGUUCACAUCAGAUUUUUAAGAUACACAAAUCAUUUUCGUAUACAAUUUACAUAAAAGAAGAAGUUGCCAAGAGAAUUGCAAGACACUGGCUCAUACUGAUUUAACGGAAAAUAUUAGAACGCAGAGCUCAGAGGUUUGAGGGUCUACAAUGUUGAAGUGUUAAGGAUAGGAAAAGCAUGGGAGCCAGUGCAGGAUUAAAACAAAAUGAUGGUAGGUAGAGAAGGGGGAGAUACACAAAAAGAUACACAAGCAGCAGCCAGGGGUUUUGUUUUUAAAGCCAUGUAGGUGCCUGCAGGAAAAGGAGUUUGCCUUAGUCUUGGAUACAGUAGUUUAUCAAGUAAUUGAGUCUGAAUUGCAACUUGAUACGUGGUGUACAUGUAUACGUGACUGCUAGAGACCAUCCUGAGAGCAGUAAAAAUAGGUGAGAUAAACCAGUUUUCCAAACUCUAUAUUAUCUUUGUGGAUAUAAUUUUGGGAGGGAAAUCACUUUUUUCCAUGACCUUGAUCAAAGUUUGGUGCAGUGGUUUUCCUACCAUUGCGGAACAGGGCUUGAAAGAAGGGAUCAUCUACACAGUUAAGGGGGCAUUUAACUUGGUUAUCUGACACGUGCUAGCAGCCAGCAGUUAGCGAGAAAACAUGUCAACAUUAAACGUAACCUCUACUCUCAUGUGACUGGAAUGUUUGCAUUUUCAAAAAGCCACACCUCAUCAUGCUUUCUCCCAGUUCCCUAUCAUACAAGAUAGUCCUUUUUGUUCUGGAACUGGCUAUGGGGCAGCACAGGCUUCUCCGUAUCGCCUGUAUCAGUUUUCCUUUAAGUCGCUGGAAGGAUACUGGCCUUGUGAACUAGGGGGAAUGAAAAACAUGCCACACGUCUCCUGCCCAGUUGCUUGCACCUCUCCUGGAGUGCAGCCGCAGAGCAGUGUGUCCCGCCCCUGUUGCUUCUUGCCCUCUGGGACGUGAUGGCAAUGAAUCCAGGCUGCUUUUCCUGCCUUUGGAACUUAACGUGUGUAGGCUCCAAAACUAAAAAUGAAAAACUAGGUAGAUGGACGGGAAUCUUGUCCCUCUCUGCCUCACACAUAGACCCUGGCGCUUCGAGGCUCCUUGGUUCUGACUGGCGAGAGAUCCUGGGUGUGUAGUGAGCUUGCCGCCAGUGAUGCUGUAGCUUGGAGGUUCUGGAAUUCUGAAGUCGGUUGGUCUGAGAAUUGCAGAGAUUAAUAAAGCACAACCAAGGCAGCAGUGGGUUAGGUCUCAAAUUGCUCUUUUUUUUUUUUUUUUUUUUGGACAGGCAGAGUGGAUAGUGAGAGAGACAGAGAGAAAGAGAGAAAGGUCUUCCUUUUUGCUGUUGGUUCACCCUCCAAUGGCCGCUGCGGCCAGAGCAUUGUGCUGAUCCGAAGCCAGGAGCCAGGUGCUUCUCCUGGUCUCCCAUGCGGGUGCAGGGCCCAAGCACUUGGGCCAUCCUCCACUGCACUCUGGGGCCACAGCAGAGAGCUGGCCUGGAAGAGGGGCAACCGGGAUAGAAUCCGGCGCCCCAGCCGGAACUAGAACCUGGUGUGCCGGCGUUGCAAGGCGGAGGAUUAGCCUGUUAAGCCACAGCGCCAGCCUCAGAUUGCUCUUAAUUUCUCCCAUAUUUUCACAGUAAAAAUAGCGAAAUGACCCACAUGGGUAACAUCGAACGUGGCAAAUGUUUCAUGUGUAGAGUAAUUAACAGUUUGAGUGCAGGUGAAAAUUAAAUCAGGAUUCCAGAGGGGCUAGUUAUAAAAAUAAAAGAAUUAAGGACAGAGUUUGCCAGGGCAGUCAGAACAAUAAUUAAAAGUAGUAGACAUGAAAAAUCAUGUUUUACUGUAGUUAAAAGUAUGAACAGAAUAUAAAUUAAAAAUUAAACAUUUGAAAAUUACAGCUGAAGUGAGUUAGGGGUUCAAAUAAUUUGACUAGAUUAAAAUAAUUCAAGUAUAAUUACAGAAUUGCUAAUGUGGCAGUUGUUGCAAACAGGCCAAGGAUAUGUCUAAACACUCAGCAUACUAACUGUCGCAUUCUAAAAAGUGGGAAGAGAGAAUGGUGGGUGAUUGUUCAUUCUCCUAUAUCACUGGUUAAAGAACUUCUGUAUUUAAUAGAUCUCUGGAAAAUCUCCCAAAGAACUAGUAUAGCAGUUGUUAAUACUUAAACAUAAAAGUCGUCAUUGUUAACAAAGAGCUAAAUCAAAACCAAAAGAAAAAAAAAAACUUGAAUAUGUAUGUGUAUACUCAGUUGAGAAUAAAGAAAUCUUGAUAUGCCUAAACUUA